UUAUGUCAAUUCAUUCACUUUUUGUUGGAUCCGUAUCGUUUUCGUCCACGAUUCACUACGAAUUAUUAUCAAUUUUAAUUCGUCAUUAUCACAAUUCAGCGCGUCGCGAAGAAGGUUUUAAUUGUGUUGUUGUUUAAAGAGUGUAUCAAUGAAUUUGUGAUGUGAAUUAUUAUACAAAACAGCGAGGUCCAAAGUGCAUGGAUGUUUUAUCUAAUUUAUUUACAGUUCUGUGUCUGUUUUUGUUUGUGCUAAAAUGUCUUUGGAGGAGAAAUUCAACGCUGCUGUAAACGUAAUAAGAAGUUUGCCGAAAAGCGGAUCCUAUCAACCCAGCAAUGAGCUGAUGCUGAGGUUCUACAGUUACUUCAAGCAAGCUACGGAGGGGCCGUGCGACAAGCCCAAGCCCGGCUUCUGGGACGUGGUCAACAGAGCUAAAUGGGAGUCGUGGAACAAAUUAGGCAAUAUGACCAGGGAAGAGGCGAUGCAGGCCUACGUCGACGAGUUACAUAAAAUCGUAGAGACAAUGUCCUACAAUUCGGAUGUGGCGUCUUUCCUGUCCGUGGACGAUGAGGAGCAAGGGUUCCCCAACGGCGACCUGGCCCUCGUGGCCGGAGACGUCAUCGCCAGGGUGCGCUCCGAGCAUAACACUCCUAUAGGAUCCCGGUCAGUAAGCGGCGCCUCGUCUCCAAUGAGGAGUACGUCCCCGCGUCCUCGCCACGACUCCGAAGACGAGUAUAUUGAUACGGUCGAUGUUAGUAUUAGUGAUCUCGAGCAGCCUCCGACGGCGCCGCCGCGUCUGAGCAACGGUCACGCGCACCAGAUCACAUCACAACUAACACAUCUGAAAGUGCUAGAACAGCUGCCGGGGACUCUGGCGCGGCUGGAGGCCGACGUGGCCGCCCUGAGGAAGGCCGUAGAAGGCGACAGAAGACUUAUCACGCGGGCGACGUCGGCAUGGCGCUGGCCGUGGCAGGAGCUGUCCGUCCCCACAUUCCUGUUCGUGACGCUGUGGCCCUUCAUCGCCUACAGGCUGCUCACGAGGCGCUCCAGGGCCAGAUCCUAACGCCGCGACAGACGCCCGCUAGUGUUAAGUGCAUACGAACCAGACAACUCUGUUUGCAUCGGACAUCCGGUUGAUCCGGUUAUAACCGGUUACAUCCGGUUAAAUCAGAACUGGUUUUAUAAUCGGAUGUAACUAUUUAUAAACAUGGUCAUAUAACCGGAUAUAACUGGUAUAAAACAUGGUUAUGUAACCGGAUUUAAUUGGUUAUAAACAUGGUUAUAUAACUAGUUAUAAACAUCAACAACCUAAACGGGGAUAGAUAGCUAACAUACAUACAUAAAUUCACGCCUCUUUCCCGGAGGGGUAGGCAGAGAUCGCAUCUUUAAUUCAUAAUAUUCGCGCGAGCUCGUCGAAGAUUCAAACGCUUAUCAAUUCUAUCAUCAAGUCAAGUCAAAGCUGAACGUAGCUUGUCUGUGUUAACAAAACUGUUGACUCUGUCUACCCCGCAAGGGAUAUAGACGUGACUAUACGUAUGUAUGUAUGUAUCAUCAAUACUCAUAGAACAAUGUUGCAUAUGAUUAUGUAAGGCUAUAUAGUCUUGCGAAGUUUUUGAUGAUUUACAAGAAAUCCUGUUUAUUUAUUUAUAUCCGGUUAUAUAAUAGGAUAUAUAUCCGGUUAGUUUAUCGCAAUUUAUAAGGUUACAUCGGGUAAUAUGGUCGGAUUAUAACGUUAUAACCGGUUAUGUGAUAACCAGAUUUUUUAUAACAAUGGUGUUAGUUAACAAAGAGGUAAUGUGCGGUUUAGAAAAAAAACGAAUGUUUAAUUUUAUUACUUUUUUUAUAAGGAAUUGUGGGUAGAGAUUAUUUUGUAAAUAGGCGAUGGGCAUAGAAAACUGUUAAUUAACUAAGGCUCUGUCUGUCCCGUUAAAUAGGGACGUGAUAUUGCACAUUCAACGGCAGAGAAACUUGAACCACAUUUGAUAGGGUUUUUAUGGACAAAGUGUCAUGUUAAUCUGCUUUUGACUGUACCAUUGGUUUUUUUAAAUAUAUAAAACAAUAUAUUUUCUCCCGACAGCUUAGUUAUUCAAUAGAACUUAAUAGGCACUCAUCACAAGCGUGUGGCAAAUAUUUUUUUGUAUACAAAUAUAUGCCUGCUUAGGGUAUCAACCCAAACUAUAAUAAGGUAUUCAAAAAUUCCAGACAAAUUUAAAACUUUUUUAUUCAUUAUUAUGGGACACUUCAACAUCACUUAAUAAUUGUCAUAUCUUUUCGUAUCACAACAUUGGUUGACAUUAAAUACAUUAAAAGUCAAAGAAAUCAAUUAAACAUACAUAUUUACUAAUAAAAAUAUGAUAUUUGUCUCACCAAACAAGUUAUAUAUCGUUGAGUUAGUAUCUCGCAACACAAGUCUCGGAACUUACUUCGAGGCUAACUCAAUCUGUGUAAUUUGUCCCGUAUAUAUUUAUUUAUAUAUAAACAAGUCAUGUCAACUAUUGCUAUUGCAUACAUAUGCAUAUGCAUGCCAGCUGGCUUUGCCUCUUAAUAUUUAUAUACAAUAAAUAAUUAAAUAAAAGAAGGUUGCCUAUAGGCUGAUUCCAGGUUUUUAACAUAACGACCCCCAAAUAAAUUCCGCAUCUUUGCAGUAUAACUUGAGCCAUAUUGAAUCAUGGUAUAUAAAUAGCUGUACUAAAUGAAUGUUCCCAUUUCUUAACGACAUCCAUGGGAAGGAGAUGGAUUGGUCCUAUUUUUAAAUGCUGGGAACUACACGGUUCAACGUAUGUAUACAAUAAAGUUGGGAAAUGAUAUUAGGGAAGUGAUCAAUGUGUAAUAAAAGAUUUUAUACGCAUAGUGAACUUACUUUAUAUUUUCAAGCAGUCACCUUAGUAUCUGGUCACAGCAUGAAAACUCAUCGUACCUGCGUAUUAUAAGAGGCUUACUCUGAACUUGUGAUUAUUUUCGUACACAGCUAAUUUUCCCUGCGUUCUAGUUUUAAAUAAAUAAAUAAAUAUAUAAUGGCACAGACAUCGUUUCGCAUAACUUUUUUAGGCAUAAUCAACGUUUUGCAUAACUAUAACACAUAGAUUUAUGUGAAAUGAUGAUUAUACUAAAAAAUCUUUCUGUUUAUGCUAUUUGAUUUUAUGUAAUCUUUCGACCAGAUUGUCCGUAACGCGUCGUCAUUUGAAUCAUAAUAAAGUUCGCGUUAUUAUAAAGUUACAUACGAUUUAGUCAAUAUCUUUCAUAUUGAUGUUUAAUCUUAGCAAGUGCGGUCACUGCCUUAAUAAUAAAAUAGACAGAACCAGCAUCUUCAGCAAUCGAGUCCAUUACUUGUCCCAUAAAACAUGUUACAAUUUACGUCUGAUAAAUAGAUGUUACGAGAAUCGUCGCAGCGUCAUAUUAGGCCCCAGUCUGUCAACGCAAGUUACCUUAUUACAGCUAAGUUUAGACGGAGCCGUGAUAAACUAGAUUGAAUAGGAAUCACUUCAUUUACGAAUAUGCCACCUACUCGUAGGGAUUACCAAUAAUGUUGAAACAUUCCAAUCAUAUUCUGCGCAAUUUUAAUAGAAUAUCAAAAAUCCGCCAUUUUUUUUAAAUGUCAUGUGCCCUUCAGGGAAAAUAGGCGCUCCUAUGUUUUUGGUUUGUAUGAAUGUUACAUUUUAAACGUAACAGUGAAACUGACAAAUAUUCCUAUUGCGGCCAUUGUUUACUUAUAAUCUCUAUACUUCAAAUAUGGGGUUGGCAAUUCGUAAUAGUUUUUUUUUUGUUUAGAAAGUGAUACCAAUUUGGACACCUAAAGGUGCCAUUGGCGUGUCAGGGAAGUUUCCGACAGACACCUCCAGAUUACGAUGGUUUUGAGUUUGCCUACACGUCAAUAAUCGCGUCACGCUUUGAAGUGACCAGCCUGUUAACAGUUUAGUUUUGAUAUAGAUCUGAAUUUUAUAAUGUGAAUAGUUUACCACGAUUCCGUCUAAAGCGUUAAAUACAUUGCAUUUCGUAUAGUUUUUAUUUUAAAAGGUGUAAUGGUUAGUUUAUUAUGAUAUGAAGUAUGUGUGGAUUGUUUAAAAUAAAUAUUAUGGACAAAAACACCUUAAAUAAAGUAUAAUAAAUCCACAAUAUUAAUUUUAAACAAUAGUAUAAAAUAUACAUCCUGACUUGAGUGACAAACAUGGAAAUCUUGAAUUACCGGUAUGUCCUCUGGACCAGUAAGUAUAGAUUCAGAACCGUUGCCGGAAAGAUUUUUAUGUUGCUCACUGUAUUUUUUAAAACACAAUUUAAAUUGUAAUACUUGACAUAUGUUUUAAAAUUGUAUUAAUUCUCGUCUCAAAAAUGUGUUGAUUUUAUUUUUAUAUUGAUUUUUGUUAUAUAUUUUAAUGAAAUUAGAAAGGGAUAUUUUUGUUCAUUCCAAUUUAUUUUUAAUUUUAUAUAUUUCAUAGUUAUAAAUUUUAUGUGUCCAUGUUAAGUUAACUGAAGUGGAUCAUAUAGAACAGUAAAGUUAUCUUUGUGGUUUAACUUCUUGGCAUAUUGGCAAGGUUCUUGCCUCUCAACUUGAACCUGAUCAAGUCAAGAUGGAAAAUGACCUUUUUCAAAUCCCAGAAUCUUCGAUUUAGUAUACCAUAAUUCCCGUCUUUCGGUUGAACUGUACCAUAUCACGGGCAAAGAGUCUCGAACUUGCUAGCUGUCUGUAUAAUUUGUACCUUAUAGGUGGCAAACUUUUGUAUGUGGUCCACUAAAUUUUAAAGCUGCCCCACUAAGAAAUCGAAGUCAGAGAAAAAGCGAAGGCGCGCAUUUUUAAAAUCAAGUUAUUUAACUAAGGUGCUUCGAAAUAGCACGAUAACCGUUAUAGUGAAUCGAAUAAAAGUUAUUUCACACAUCCGUUGGUCUAACUCGAGUAGUACACUCGUUUCUUUGUGUGGCAAGCUUUAUGUAUUGGUGUUUGCAGUAUAUUUCUGUAUUUUAUCACAACGUUCGUAUCAAAUUUGAAGGACAUUUGUUACCUAAUUCUUAGUUUAAUAUUUUUUUUUUAUAUCAAUUCUAUUGUAGUAUAAGUGGAAAUUAGGUUGGUUAUGUAUGUUAUUUUGUGAUAUAUAGUUAAUAAAGAGUUACCUAUA